UUUUGUACAUGGCCGCACUGUCCUAAGCUCUCCACCAUACUUUCCUCUGCCGUACAAUUUUUUAAGUCGACCCCAAGCAACCUGAAAACAAAACAAUAUGGCGUCUGCAAGCAUUCUAUUCAAAAGUGAUUGACAAACUCAAGAUAUUAUAAUGGCUAGUCCUGAAUCAGACCAAGACGAUAUUUAUGAUUCAUGGAUUCUCAAUUUGCAAGAGUUUUUAGAUACACUAGAACCACAAAUCCGUGAUCUAUCAUCAACUCAAAUAUUAGAACUUCUUUCUAAUUUGGAAGCUUCAGAUGUUAAUUUUCAUCGCUACAGUUUUAUAAACCAAAUAAAAGACAGCUUAGAGAAAGAAGUUGGCCCUCUAAUCCAAAAACUAGUUGAUAAGCAACAUCAUAACAGUGAUAAUAUUCUUGUGUCCGACAUCAGUGAAAAUAUUGUCCAAUCCAAGCAAUUUCUGUCAGUCUCAAAUCAAAUUACAGAAUCAAUCAAAAUGGCUGCAGAAGAUAUAGCUAUGCAUUUGAGUUCUGAUACAUUUGACUUUUCUGAAAUGCCAAGGUCAGAUACAAAGAACAAUUUUUAUUAUAAUGAUGAGUCAAUGUGUUCUUUAUCAGAUGGAGUUGAUUAUAUGUUUAUGGCACCUAAUAAAUACAAAAGUCUUGCGAAAGACAUAGACCCUUCCAAUUCUUUGGCAACACGCAUAAGUGCACUUAGUGUAUUACAGCAAGUACCACAGACUGAUUUAGUUGCAAGUGAUGCGUGGAAGGCAACACGUAAAGGAUUAAUGCUUGCAUUAGAUGAUAACGAAGAGGAGAUCAAUUUGCAAGCUUUAACGUUUAUUUCACGUUUGUUUGUUAGUGGAAGUAGUCAUGUUGUUCAUGAAUAUUUUUUGAUUUUAAUUGAAAAUUUAUUUGAAUAUUUCAAUGAUGACACAUCUCAUAUGAUAUCUAUACACACAGGGUUAGAUCUGGGAGAUCGACGAAACAUAUUAUUGCUUAGAAAAUUUAGACUGCUGAAUCAAAUACAAAAGGAACUGCCCAAUUACUGGUUGCGUUAUUCUGAUAAAUACGUAGAAGAGAUGACAGAAUCACUGUUUCAGCUGUUAGAGAUUUCUCCUACACCAAUAUCAAGCACUGUUGGGAAAAAUCUUAUGAGUCCUCUUCAUUUUUUAUCAUUGCUAGACCCACAAGCCAUAUGGUUUAAAUAUUGGAUGCAUGGUUUUUAUGGUCGAUCUAAAAUUUUUAAAUGUUUAUCAGCAAAGAAAGAGUUUUUAGUUAAACCAGUUCAAUGUUGCUUGGACUUUUCUAAACUUUUAUAUAGUGCAAACGACAGUGAAAAGUUGUUUGAAGAAGAAGAUUAUGUUAGUUACACACGUGAUGAUAUUACUUUCUUGUAUUUUUUAAAUUCACUUAGUAUUUUGGGUAGGUUAAUUCUCUAUAAAGACGGACAACAAUUAUUUUCAGCCUUUCCAACAAACGAUGCUAAUACAAAUAAUAAACAGAUACUUCUCGCAUUUCUUAAAACGUUGAAAACCUAUCCUUUAAAUUCUUUAAAUGAAACCAGAUCAUUAUUUCACCCUGUGUUUCUCAUUGUUGACAUUUUUCGUUCGCUUGCUAACAGUGGGAAAUCAACAUGUCAAUUAUUAAGUGAUGAUGAUAUUUAUAACUCAUUGGUUUCACCAUUUCAACAAUUGAUUGAUAAUCCCACAAACACCAACAAUUCUCUUAUUAAUAUCAUUGCGGAGAUUUUAACCAUUAUGGCUUCAACUGAAACUGGCAGACUACACCUUAUGUACUCUAAUACAACAGAGAUAUUUAGUAAUAUAAAUGCAAUAAUACAUGUUGUUGGAAAAGCCUUAAGCAAAGUGCUCACAUUGGAGAUGAUUGAUACAGUGUCUGAAAACACUGUACGUUCUUUUUUUUCUCUAUGCUGUGAAAUUUGCACUAAGCAUGAUGGAUUACUUAUUUUACAGCAGUACGACCUGAUUGAGAAGAUGUUUGUAUGUUUUUUUGAAAAGCAAGGCAAAGCACAGGUUCUGUUAAAUAAAUUUCAUGAAUCAUACAUUGAGGACGAACAAAAUGACAAAUCUGUAACAGGUAUUGAUAGAUCCUUCUCAAAUGCGGAGUAUGCUGCUUAUAAAUAUGCCAUAAAGUUAGAACAAGCGUUGUUAGAUAAUCUAUUAAGUCUUACGAUGACACCAAAAGGAGUUGAGCUUGUCACCAAGGCAGGCGGAUUGAAUGACUGUGUUCUGUAUAUGUAUAAUAAAUACCAUCUGAAAGAAUAUGUUGAAAAGGUUGAAAAAUUAAAGUAUGCUGUCUUGCUUAACCAAAUUGCUGCCACCAUUCCUGGUUUAUUGGCACUCGAAAAAACUGGCUACACUACUGACCUUCUACAAGAAGCUUGGCAUCACUUAGAAGGUUAUUCUAACGAUUACACCAAAACUGUAUUAUCUGAUACUCCUGAAGAUCUAACUAAUCUUGUGUCAAAGAAGUUGUUUUCACGAAUGAUUGAGUUGUUGUCAUCCUUUGAAGCUGUUCAACUUUUAUGUAGUAAACCAUCUUAUGCAUCCAGUGAUGGCGAGAAACGAAGUAAAUUACAACCAGAUGGUAUUGUGAACUUCUCAGAAUUUAUUGAGUAUCUUGUUUUAAUACACACCACUGAGAAGAAGACGUUGUUGUAUCACCCUGAUCAAAGUCAUUUUUUUGCUUUAAAUGUUCUCCACUGUCUCACAGCUUCUCUUGAUUCAAUGAUCAUGUUGGAAACAAACUAUCACUUCCAAGAAGCCUUACUGUCAAUGCAGAUGAGCAUUGAAGGGAAUAAAAAAGUCUUCAUCAUUGAUCAGUGUUCUUUGAAAAGGAAUCAAAUACUUGUUCAGGUGAACCUGCUGGGUGGAGCCAACGAAAGACUGGUACCACCUGAGAAUGUUACACAGGACAAAAUGUCCCCAUACUCAUGGACCUUAUUUUCGUCCUAUCCAGUACCAAACAUGUACAUGUCAAAACAAUUAAAAUCAUCUGUCGAUCAAAAACAAGUUAAUAUAAAAUUCAAACAGUUACUUGAUGACGUCAAAAAUCAAGAUGGUGGCACUGAAGGUUUAGAUCCUAUCAAAGAAUUCUUUAUUUUAAAGGUUAAAAGCAACGAAUUAAAGAUGACAAAUGAAUAUUUACCUGAGCUCUUAAACCUUGUUGUGGAUAGACAAGUAAACAAGCUUAAGGUAAACAAACAAACACCAACUAAUGCGAUGAAACGGAAGCUGGAUGAAGGUAGCGAGGUUGCAAUUGAUAUGAUCGUACGUUAUGGCCUGCAUUUAAGAUUGCUUCAUUCAAAAACAGAAUCUGUCGAAGCUUUAAGAAACUUAAUUGAAGAUUUGAGGUUCGACAAGACAUCGUCAGACUUUAAUGGUUUUGAUUGGUUUGCUGCUAUUGUGUUUCUCCUGUUCAGCAACACGAAAAUAUCUGCUUCACACUUUCUGAGUAAACUCACUUAUCACUACAUGUUUCUACGGCCAUAUAAAACUGACGUUUCCGGUACCUAUAUUCAUCCGAUCUUUUCAACUAGUUGCCACUACAUUGAGUUGAUCGUGGAAAAAGAGCUACCACGUGUGUUCGCCGCUUUCAGACUAUUCGGUUGUCCGCUCUCACAAAUUUGUCAGCAUUGGCUCAGACAAUGUUUUCUGAAUUACCUCGACUGGAGCGAAAUUGUUUUUUACAUCUGCGCAUGCAUAUUACUUGAUAUUGAUUACCAGUUAUAUUUCACGGUAGCCAUCUUGAAACACAUGGAGAAGGAUAUAUUGUAUUACACUCAAAGAGAUGAGUUGUUGGUUCAUUUAAAGACAACGCCCAUCAAAGAUUUUUGUGUGCACCAACACGUGGAAUUCAUGAAGGAGUUGGAACUGAAGUACCGAAGUUUGGUUUUAAAUGUUAUAAGGUCAAUGUAUACUGAUAACCAAAUUACUGCAAAACUUAAAUAAUUUUAACCACGUAAAAACUUAACCGUAAAAACCUUGUUCCGUAAAAACCGUUUAAGUGGCUUGGCCUUCUUAUUUAAACUGUCAAUAAGAAAGCCACAAAGAACAGGAGGUCGCACGUUUGUUAAUGAAGCAGUAGGUUUUUUGCAAGCUCUAUUCAGUUUUUAUAAUUGCUUAUUCUCUUUGAACAAGACUUAAAUUUCCGAACAAAGAUGGCGGUGUCGUGAAAGUUUAAACUUACAAAUUAUUUAAAUUGAAUACAUUGAACUCUCUUUAUCUGAAACCCGCCAGGGACCGGAAAUAUGUUGUAGAUGGGAAAAGUUUAACUUCAAAGUUACAAAACGGGUCCAAAGGGUGUUUUGGAGGUGGGGAUUUUGGGAUAGAGGAUAUUUGAGAUCAUUUGACUCCUCUAUGGUUCAGAAAUAAAGAUUUACACAAUUAUUCUCAUAAAGAAAGAAAUUUCGUAAACAUUUGUGUAAAACUGAAUCAUUAUUGUCAUAUUUUUUGGUUUAUCUUUAUCAACCUCCUUUUUAGGGCGUAUUUAAUUUGUAAUCAAGAAGGCCUGAAAAUGAAGUUGCAUCUUUAUUCUUUUUGUUAACUUUUUUUUUGUAAAAUUGUAUAUAUAAUUUAUUUGGAUUUUGUAAAUAUAGCAUUUUAAACAAUUAAGCUUUUUUGGUUUUUGAGAGGGUGAGUGAUCUCGACGUGAAUAUGCCAUGCGAUAAGAGUUCAAAAAUCGACAUCUUGUAGACAGCAUUGCAGGGUGACCACUCCUCCUUAAAUUACCUCAAAGAAAGAAAAUCUCCUUAAAAGUACUUACAUAUACUUAAAAAAAUUGAAAUUUUAGCUAUUCUCCUUAAUUUCUCCUUAUUUCUUAAUUCUUCUGAUCGUAAGUUUUUUGGAAAUGUGUUCAUGGAUUGUUCAUCACCAGUGAAAUAAGACAUAUUUCUUUGUUACCUGAAAUCCUAUAUAUCUUUCAGGGUAUAAUAUAUAUAAUUGUCUUGUCAUAGAACGUACUAUGUAACAUUAAAGAUGGAGAAUUAAAUAUCCUUAAAAAAUGUCAAUUU